AUGCCCACCCAAGUCUCCCCUCACGACCCCCUAAAGAGCGACGAAGCCAAUGACGCCGGAUGGGAAGCCGGCAAAGGAGGCCUCAUCGGAGCCGCCAAAUGGGGCGUUGGAGCGGCAAUCCUGGGCGGCGCGGCGUAUUUCUGGUCGCCAGUCUACCGCAAGACCACCAUCCAAUUCAAGGUUUAUGUCCAGAUGUCAGCAAUGGUCCUCGGAGGCAUGAUCUCGGCAGACCAGCGCCUGAGGCAAUAUGAAGCCCAGGUAAGAGCUCAACGAAGGUGGCUCAAGGAGAAGGCCAAGUGGGAUAGAUACGAGCAGGAGGUUGCACAGAACAACGGUAAAUGA